GUAAAUUUUUUACGUACAAUAGAGAGGAAGAAAGGGUCUCAGCGAAAGAGGUUUUCUCCGCCACGUCUUUCUCCUCUGUUUCUCCGACGCAGCCGGUUUCCUAGGGUUAGGGCAGGGUCUCUUUUUUUGUGCUCUUGAGUAUUCUUUCUCAGGGGAAACGGAAUAGUUCUGUUUGCGUAGUGAUUACGAUGGUUCAGCUGACUAAUUUUGGCAAGCUCCGGCCAGAGUCGAAGCAACUCUUUACGACGAUGCCGGCGGCGCCGGAGACGGUUAAGGCGGAGAUCGAGGAUCCCUUGGAUGAAAUGUACGGUCCUCUUGACAAGAGAUUAAAGAUGGCUGAGCCGGCAGAACAGCAGCUGGAAAGCAAGCUGGUCAUGCCACCUCGUCCACUUUAUGAUCCAUUAGAUGAGCCCAGCCCACUGGGUCUGCGGUUAAAAAAGAGUCCAUCUUUCUUGGAUAUGAUUCAGAUGAGGCUAUGCCAGGAAAAUUCCGUUUCUACAUCAUCUGCAACGAACUCUGGCUUAGAGAUUGGGAAAAAGAAGGAACUGAAAUCUACAGCUGUUUCAGGUGGCCUUGACAAGAUGAAAGCCUCAAACUUUCCUGCUUCCAUUUUAAGGAUUGGGAAUUGGGAGUAUGUUUCAAGGUAUGAAGGUGAUUUAGUUGCAAAAUGCUACUAUGCAAAACAUAAGCUUGUCUGGGAGGUUCUUGAUGGUGGACUAAAGAACAAGAUUGAAAUCCAAUGGUCAGAUAUUACGGCACUGAAAGCAAAUUGCCCAGAAAAUGCCCCUGCAACUUUGGAUAUAGUGCUUGCUAGACGACCUCUUUUCUUUAGGGAAACCAAUCCUCAACCAAGAAAGCAUACGCUAUGGCAGGCAACUUCAGAUUUUACUGGAGGCCAAGCAAGUAUUCAUAAGAGGCAUUUUUUACAGUGCCAUCAGGGUUUGUUAAAUAGGCACUUUGAGAAACUUCUCCAAUGUGAUCCACGUCUUAAAACACUAAAUCAGCAACCAGAGAUUGUUUUGGAGUCUUCGUGCUUUGAAGCUUCAGGCUUGGAGGACCAAGAUGAGUCCAAGUGCCUUGAGUUUGAGAAUGUGAAGGACAAUCAAGGAUCCUCUACUGGAUUUCAUGAUCCCAAAUUACCCCGUGCAAAGACGGAAUAUAGGGAUAAAGUUGAUGCAGUGCUAGAUCUUUCAGUGAGGCAAGUGCAUUUCCAUGAUUCAGUAGGUGCUUCUGUCAAGGAACCACCAGUGCAAUUGGAACAGCUUAAAGCACCAAAACUUAGAGCCUCCAUGUCCAAAGAGGAUUUAGUAAGCCAUUUAGAGCAAUGCAUUUCCGAACAAAUGGCUUCAGGUAACCCACUCUUCUCAGCCGGCUGCUUACCAAACAAGGAAAAGCUAGAGGAAUUGGCCGACCAUCUUCUCACGGAUUCUCAAACUUCAGUUUCUGAUGAGAAAUCUCUUAUAUCAAAAGUAAACUCAUUCUACAGUCUCCUUCAAAAAGAUUCCUCAUUUCAAAACCUGCAUUCAGGUAUCAAUCCUACUGCAGAAGAACACCAAUAUUUCCUUGAAGAUGAAUCCAAGCAAUUAUUGCCAGAAAGAAAAGCUCUCGAUGACCCACAAUCUUGUGGCAUUACUAGAAAGGAAUCAUUCGGUGAAUUGCUGAUGAAUCUACCUCGAAUUGCCUCAUUCCCGCAGUUCUUAUUUUGUAUUGCCGAGGACAAUUAUGACUAAUGGGCUGCCUCUGAAAAUGCUGUAUGUCAAUGGGUUUAGUAAUGCUGUUUGGAAAGUGCUUUUGUUAACGUGAAAACUGAAUCAGGGCAAGCUUUUGUUGACCUCAAAAGGGUUCUCUUCUUGUGAAUGUGUGAAUAAACCUUGUAUAAUCUUAUAUUCUCCUUCGAUGCUUUCAGUAGCUUUUGCAAA